GACUACAAGAAACAGUUCUCUGUCGGUGUUUUAUCAAGAUGCGACAACUUGUGGCGGGGAUUUUCGGGGUUCUUUGCGUGGCAAUCGCGGCCACUUCCGGACAAGUGCUUGGCAGUGACGAUCCCAGCCCGGGUGAAGUGGAACCUGGAGAUUCGACGCCGGAGAACCCGUUCGAUGAUAAUGCUUGUGAAAAGAGUGAAAACGUUCCGGUUUGCACGGAUUGCACGAAGAUCACCGUUUGCCUGAACAAGAAGGCACUUCCGGCGAAGAGUUGCCCGGCGGAAGCUCCGUACUGUAUUAGUUCGCUGGACUCGGGGGCAUACUGUUCCGGACAGCCGGAUCCUGAACGACAGCAGUGCCAGGACAAGUUUCAGUGCACUUCGGAGGGAUACUUCCCGGAUCCCAACGAUUGCCACUACUACUACCUGUGCGACUCCUCGUUGAAGCCCUCCAAGUACGACUGCAUGCCGGGGUACGUGUUUGACCUCAAAACCAACGGCUGCAAGCGCCAGGUGUUUGCAAACGACUGCCAAAAGCUGGACUGCUCCAAGUCCAACGGAGUUUGGUCGUACUACGGAAACACUAAGCAAUACUAUGGAUACUGCUACAAACCGGAGGAGGAAUCUACGGCGACCGAGGUGGUUCUGUUCAAGUGUUCCGACGGGGCCGAAUUCGACGGGUACAAGUGUGAGUUCAAGUGCCGCCAGGAGGGCAAGUUUGCCGAUUCGACCAACCGGAAUCGGUACUACGAGUGCUUCUUCAGCGGGGCCGCGCUCAAGUCCCGCGUCAAGUCGUGCGCCAAGGGGAUGGUGUUUGACGAUCGAACAAAGUUCUGCGUGACACCGUUGGCGCUGAUGUAAUGUGAGCAUGCAAUAAAGAUAUUGUUCGUAA